CCGCCCCCCAGCCCCGCUCGGCGGUGGGGGAGGCAGCUAGGGAAGCCAUUGCCUGUUUAAUAGUUGCUGUUGCAGCACUUCCGCUUCUCUCCCAGCGAGAGAGACACGAGUGGCCAGGCCCAGCCGCACCGAGGAGGAGCAGCCAGACACAAAGGGAGAGGUUGGGGUUGUGGUGGGGGGGUCGCUAUGUCGGAUGACGAUUCGAGGGCCAGCACCAGCUCCUCCUCAUCUUCAUCCUCCAACCAACAGACAGAGAAAGAGACAAGCACCCCUAAGAAGAAGGAAAGCAAAGUCAGCAUGAGUAAAAACUCUAAGCUGCUGUCUACCAGUGCCAAGAGGAUUCAGAAGGAAUUGGCUGACAUCACCUUAGAUCCACCUCCCAACUGCAGUGCUGGCCCCAAAGGUGAUAACAUCUAUGAAUGGAGAUCAACCAUUCUAGGACCUCCAGGCUCUGUCUAUGAGGGAGGUGUUUUCUUCCUUGACAUCACAUUUACACCAGAAUAUCCUUUCAAGCCUCCAAAGGUAACGUUCCGGACAAGGAUCUAUCACUGUAACAUUAACAGCCAAGGCGUCAUCUGCCUGGACAUUUUGAAAGACAACUGGAGUCCAGCAUUAACCAUUUCUAAAGUUCUCCUGUCCAUCUGCUCCCUCCUCACAGACUGCAACCCUGCUGACCCCCUGGUUGGAAGCAUUGCCACUCAGUAUAUGACUAACAGAGCAGAGCAUGACAGAAUGGCCAGACAAUGGACCAAAAGAUAUGCUACAUAAAUUGCGUUUCUGUCAGAUUUACAUUAUUUGUCUGUGAUGGAAAGAGCUGCUUAUGAUUUUGAAGGGGUGGGGGGGAGGGAGGGUGCUGGUAAAGAGUAGGGAUUAUUUCUAUAACAGAUUUUAUUCAGUCUUUUAUUUCUUAAGAUUUUGUUGUUGUAACUUAAGGUAUCUUGCUACAGUAGACAGCUAGAAUUGGGAAUAGCAUAUUUUAAGACUGUAAUUAGUUUGGCAAUAUUAGCUCACAUAUAGUACCGAGAAGAAUGUAAACUUAGGUUUCUUUGGUUUUCAGUUUGCUUGCAUUAUGUAAAAGAUAAAACAGCUUAAUUUUGUACAGGUACUUAUGUUGGCGUUUAUGUAAAAGUCCUUUCAAGACUCUACACACUGUUUUUUGCUUUUUGUUUUGUUUUUGGUUUGGGAGGGUUUGGUUUGUUCAUUUGUUUUGCUUUGUUUUUUGUUUCUGUUUUUUGUAAAAAAGAUGUUGGGAUUGUUUUCCCCUAUAGAGGGCGCAUUGGUAUUUAACAAAUGCUUUUUAAAGACUGUCAUCUCAUGGUCUGUGAUACGGAGAGGGGGAUAUAUGGCCUCAUAUAUGAAAUGAGAAGUAGCUAAUGUAUUAUUUUAUAAGCCAAUCUAUCUUUGUGAGAAGAAUAAAAGUUUUAAUCAGGACUAA